GUCAUGUAAGAGAAAGCCCAAGAAAGCAAGGGGAGCAGCCAGACCCCAAAAGGGCUUCUCCCUUUUUCUCCUUUAAGCCUUCCUUAGGGCAGGUGCAGUGGAUUACAAUGACUGCUACAACCCUGGCCAAUGGAGUGCAGAAACUUCCCAACACCAAAGAAGAAAGGAAGUUAAGAAAACCUUUGAUUGAAAGGAAACGAAGGGAGAGAAUUAACAAUUGCUUGGACCAGCUCAAGGAGACAGUUGUUGGGGCCUUUCACCUUGAUCAAUCUAAACUGGAAAAGGCAGAUAUCCUUGAAAUGACAGUAAAGCAUCUCCAAAAUAUACAAAACAGCAAAACUAUGGCAGAUUCUAAGAUGGGCCUGGAAGCACAGCAGAGAUACAGCACUGGAUAUAUUCAGUGCAUGCAUGAAGUCCAUAACCUCCUUCUGACCUGUGAAUGGAUGGACAAGACCCUUGGAGCUCGGUUACUGAACCACCUGCUCAAAUCCUUACCAAGAUCUAGUGAGGAAACUUGCAAGGCUGACUUGAGUCCUUCAACCCCUGGGAGUGCUGCCAAGGGGACUACAACAGAGCUGAACCUAUCUCAGGAUCAGUUUUACCCCAUUGAAGACAGACAGGGAAUUAAAAAGCCAUUCCAGCCACAACUGCCUUCACACUGUAGUCACCACAAACCACCACCUUCCAGUCAGACCUUGCAGCCACAUUUUGCACAUAAUGGUAUCAGCAUGGGGGCAUUAGACAUGUGGAGACCAUGGUAAAAAAAUAGUCUUAAAAAAAACUGAUUUCUAAUAUUAGACCUUCUUUUAUAUGUAUCUUAUAGAUAUGUCUCUUUAAAACACUUUUUGGAGCAGAUCUGCUCCUGUAGGUGUACUAAAGACCAGGGUACUUCAAGCCGAAGUUAACCUCUACGUAGCCUGCAUUGUAGAAGGCUGCUAUUAUAAUGUAUUUAUUUAAUGCAUAUAAAUUAUUAUAUAGAAUUUUCUCUUGGGCCCUUCUUAGUGUAAAUGACUUACGUAAUGUUCUUUUUCACAUGUUAUUAAAAGAAUUAACCAUUGAUUAAUAAAAAUAGGAACAGUGCUCCGUCUCUCAUUAAUCAUAGGUUUAUUGUAGCUCCUUUUCUAAAUAUACCCAUGCUUUUUGCCAGAAUAAAAUACUCUAAAGGCAUCGGAUCCCAUCAAGGUGUAUCCUUGGUUAGUACUUGGAUAACAGAUGGCCAAUGAAUACCAGGUGCUGUAGGCUAUAUUUCAGAGGCAGGAACUG